AUGUCAUCAAAAGAAGUGAAAGACCAAUCUACCAAAGUUGAGGUUUAUGCUGAUUCUUCAGAUGUUGAAUCAUUAAAUCAAAGUUUUUCUAAAGAAGAUAUAGAAGAAGCUGAAGCUUUAUUUUAUCAUGAUAAUAGAUUGAGUUCUUCAUUAAAUGCCAGAUUGAUUGGUAUGAUAUCCUUAGUUGGUGUUAUUGGUACAGGUUUGUUCCUUUCUUCAGGUGGUACUUUAUCUACAACAGGUCCAGUUGGUAUGCUUAUUGCAUAUAUUUUUGUUGGUACUGUUGUUGCAGCUUCACAAAUUGCAGUUACAGAAGUAUCCUGUUUAUCACCAAAUGAAGGUGCUUAUGUUUUUCAAGCUGAACAUUUUGUUGAUAAAUCUUUAGGUUUUGUGAUGGGAAUUUGUGAUAUUUAUUCAACAGUUAUUCCAAAUGAAUUAUCAGCUGUUUCAGUCAUUAUGUCAUAUUGGACUGAUCUCAACCCAGCUAUUUGGAUCUCCAUCUUUGGUGUUGUCAUUGUUGCGGUCAACUCGUAUAAUGUUAAAUGGUAUGGAGAAAUUGAAUUUUUCUUUGGACUUUUGAAAAUUUUAUUAUGUGCUGGUUUAAUUAUUUUAGGGUUAGUAAUUGAUUUAGGUGGAGUUGUAGGAGGUAAUGAUAGAAUUGGUUUCAGAUAUUGGGUUCAUCCUGGACCUUUUGCAGCUAAAUAUGAAACUGGAUCUUUGGGUAAAUUUUUAGGAUUUUGGAAAUCUGUAAAUUCAAUUGUAUAUGCAUUUGGUGGUAUUCAAGCUAUCACUUUAUUAGCAGGUGAAACAAAAUAUCCAAGAAGAUCAAUUUAUCGUGCAGCAAAAAGAGUCUUUUAUAGAGUUUUCACUUUAUAUGUUAUUAUGGUUUUCAUUUUAUCAUUAAUUGUUCCAUCAAAUGAUCCUGUCAUUGCUAAACCAAAUGGUACAGCUAGUGGAUCUCCAUGGGUUAGAGCUAUUAGUUUAGCUGGUAUUAAAGUUUUACCAAGUAUUGUUAAUGCAGUUGUUUUAACUUCAGCUUUAUCAGCUGCUAACUUACAAAUUGUUAAAGCAAGUAGAACAAUUUUUGUAUUAGCAGCAAAAGAACAAUUACCAAAAAUAUUUUUAAAAGUCAAUAAACAUGGUUUACCAUAUGUUGCUGUUAUUUUUUCAUGUUGUUUUAUUCCAUUAGCUUAUAUGACUUCAAGUAAAACUGCUGCAACAGUUUUUUCAUGGUUCCAAAACAUUACUUCAUCUAAUAUUCUAUUUAAUUGGAUUGUCAUUGCUAUCAAUCAUAUUGCAUUACAUAGAGCAUUAAAAGUACAAGGAUAUUCUAGAAAAGAUUUACCGUAUACUUUCUUUGGUCGUUAUGGUGCUUACACAGGUUAUUAUUCAUUAUUUUUUUCAGUUCUUUUCUUAUUAACAGGAGGAUUUCCAGCAUUUAUAAAGGGUCAUUGGGAUUUUGCAACAUUUUUCAGUGCUUAUUUCAUUAUUCCAUUAUCUUUAGUACUUUUCAUAUUUGCUAAAUUAUUUUUCAGAUCAAGUUAUAUUAAACCAAGUCAAGUUCGUUUGAAACCAUUAUUUUAUGAUGUCCAAGCUAGACCAGAGCCACCAUUCAAAAAAUUAAAAGGUUGGGAAUGGCUUACUUUAUUAUGGGCUUAA